CAAUAGCCCUGGGCAGUAAAAGUUUAUGACAAGAACUGUCAAAAUAUUGAAAUAUUGACUCGAACGUGUUCGUAAUUUUUAUAUAAUGAACGUUUAGUAAACAUAAAGUCACGAUUUCAUCCAAGGAGUAUUUUACCACGGCAUUUAUAAUGUCAUCCGUACAGCGGGCUUUUACUCAGAAACUGAGUAAACAGCAUGCUGCUGAUGUACGAAGACAAAUUGCUACUUCUACCUCAUAUUCUAGAGAAUUAUCAAAAAGUGGAAGUUCAUUCUCAGGUUUUUCCUCCACAAUAUCACUAUGUGAGGUACUAGAGCCUUUAGACUAUGAAGAAUUCUUAGCCCAACAUCAGACAGCCAUUGACCGUGACCCUUUGAAAUCAAUAUUAGACUUUCCACCAGGAGAUGUCGAGUUAACUGUUGUAAAAAGGAAAAUUCGAACAGAAGAACCCAUUGUGCCCUAUGAGUCAUUGGACACGGUAUCUCCUUAUGUUAGAAGAUGUAUAGAAAGUUUUACUUCUGACUGGGUAGUGGUACAGAGAAAAUAUAAACGUAGAGUGUCUCCUAUUGCAAGAGAUAGACUAUUACAGGAUACCCCAAGACAAGAUUUUGAGGUGGAUCAAGAAGAUACAAAUGGCUCUGGAUCACCGAACGAAGAGGAGGAUUUAUCAAAUUGUGGUGAUACACCAAGAGGGUCUUGGGCAAGUUUAGAUUUAAGGCAUUCACAACAUGACCCUCUUCUUCCGAGCUUAUUGGAUCGCGUCUGCCCCGAAACUAUCGACCAGAUGAACGAGCAAAAACGCUCGGAAGAUCGUCAAGAAGCACUGUUUCCACUUUAUGCACCUCCAGCUUCGCCGGAUGAUGAAUGGCAAGAAAUUGGUGCUGCACCAGAACCUACAGAACCAUUUUCUCACAAAAUUCUCGUGAAAUGUCUUCAAUUGAAACUGGAAUUGGAAGUGGAACCAAUCUUUGCAAGCCUGGCAUUAUACGAUGCCAGAGAAAAGAAGAAGGUAUCUGAAAACUUUUACGUGGACAUGAAUUCGGAGGGUUUGAAAAGGAUGCUUGGCAGUCACAUUGCGUACAGUGAUGCUAGUACUUUGGCAAGAAGUUGUGUCAUGAGCAUCAGUAAACCGAGUCCAGAUUUAUUCUUGGUUGUUAGACUGGACAAAGUAUUGCAAGGUGAUAUUUCGGAAUGUGCCGAACCGUAUGUACGCGAAGAUAAAAAUAAAGAUAAGGUAAAAGCUGCAGCUGCAGCUGCAUGUGAACGCUUGGGUAGAUACAGAAUGCCACUCGCGUGGACUGCCAUCCAUCUUUCUGGGGUGAUUGGAGGUGGCGGGGAUACAGAUAGUACCGGAAGUGCUGGAUCAUUAGAUAGAAAAUCGAGUGGACUCGAGCAGUGGCGUAAAAAAGUAGAACCACCAACUCGAAGAGGCUCUCUCGAAAGACGGAGCUCCGACAAACGACGCAGUUGGUCGCCAGACGACUUUGCCAACUGCCUCGACACAUUUAGGCCUAUUACAUUGACUGUUUCGAGUUUCUUUAAACAAGAAAGCGAACGCCUGAGAGAUGAAGAUCUCUAUAAACUUCUAGUAGAACUACGAAGACCUGGUUCUAAUUUGAAACGACUGAAGUGCCUACCAGGUAUACUGAAAUUAGAUCUUAGUCCCAGGCCUGAAGAAUUGCCUAGAUGUUUAGACUCUGAUCUCAGAAGACUGGUGCCCUAUCCAGACGAAAAAAGUCGACCGGUCAAAGAAAUACUCGAGUUCCCGAGCGAAGUUGUGUCGCCGGAUUUAACGUAUCGUAAUCUGCUUUACAUUUACCCAAAAGAAGCAAAUUUUAGCUCUAGAACCGGUUCUGCUCGAAACAUCGCUGUAAGAAUGCAACUGAUGGGCGGCGAACAAGAAUCUGAUGCUCUUACAGCUAUUUUUGGAAGAUCAUCGUGCCCCGAAAUGACCCACGAGUGCUUCACGUCCGUAUCAUAUCAUAAUAAAAAUCCAAAUUUUUACGAUGAAGUAAAAAUUCGUCUUCCCGCGGACCUGAGCGCGAAACACCAUUUGUUGUUCACUUUCUACCACAUCAGUUGCCAAAAGAAGGUGGAACAACCGAAUGUCGAAACUGCUGUGGCGUACACGUGGUUGCCGCUCUUGAGAGACGGACAUCUACAGUCUGGCGAAUUCAGUCUUCCAGCAAUGCUAGAUCCACCCCCAGCAAAUUAUUCCUACAUCGCGCCUGACGUUCUUUUACCGGGUACAAGAUGGGUGGAUGCCCACAGAGGAGUCUUCACAGUAAUUUUAGAACCAGUCUCUAGCGUCCAUCCGCAAGAUAAAUACAUCGACAGAUUUCUAUCGCUGUGCGGAUUCUUGGAAACUGGCCAAGUGCCUCCGCGUAUCGGCGAAGCCGGAAUGGAAUCCGAACUAAAAUCUGCACUCUUGGAAUUGGCAAGGGCAUCGCAUUCUGCUUUAGUGCGAUCGCUACCUCAACUACUGGACCAGUUAAUAUCGCUUCUAGUACGUCCUCCAACAUUACCGUCUCAACCCCUCAACGUGGCAGCCACGGUUUUCGAGGCUAUAGGCCUAUUGGUUCGAAAUAUAACCAAUCUACCGGAUGGUCAAUUAGAUGCGCAUGGAAGGCACGCCCUCUUGGCUACAUACGUUGCAUAUCAGUGCUCUUUACCAAGAAUGUCGCACACUCCAGGUAUCGUGCGAGCUCAAAGCAAUCCUGAUCUACCUCUGGAAGACCUGGAAAUGGAAGUACACUCUCGAGGGCUCGAUCGAACCGCGUCCAUGCGCCAAGAAUCGCCUUCCAUAAACAGUCAGCCCACGAGGAGACUUUUGCACGAGGAACUGGCGCUGCAUUGGGUCGUAUCCACAGGCCAAGCACGAGAUUUGGCUGUUACGUAUUCCUGGUUUUUCUUAGAACUGAUUGUUCGCUCGAUGGUCGUGACACUGUCGGAAAUAGGAAUACUGGAUGCCCCGCGAAAGUCAAGAUUCUCUCCUCAAUUCUGCGACGACGUAGCGACGCUCACCGCGGCAUUAACUUCUGAAGUGAUAUCCAGAUGCGGGAAGGAAACCAGAGUACCCAAUAAUUUGAUAUCGAGUCUCGGUAACUUCCUUUCCGAUUUGCUGUCGAUAAUGGACAGAGGAUUCGUUUUGUCUCUGAUUCGCGCCGCGUGUUGCUCUUUGUCGGACGCGUCCAUGCAUAUUCCUGAUUCGGCUGCUCUCUUCGCGCUCAAGCUGGAUCUCGUGCGCACCGUAUGCUCCCAUGAGCACUACGUGGCUCUGAAUCUUCCUUUUGGUACUGGAUACACGUCAGGAUCGGCACCAGCAUCCCCCAGUCCAUCCACGGGUAGCUCGGGCAGUUUAAUAUCUACCCUUGUUCCUGGGGAUCGUGCCAGAUUCUCUGAGCUCAGCCAAGAGUUCCGACAACAACACUUUUUAGUUGGAAUCGUUUUAUCCGAUCUAUCGAACACGUUGGAAAUACCAAAUCCGAUGCUCCAAAACAAAGCUAUCGGAACCGUUCGACAUCUAAUGGCGUACCACGACGUAGAUUCGAGGUAUUCUGAUCCCGCUGCUAGAGCUAGAGUCGCUGCUCUCUAUCUGCCACUUCUAAACAUCAUAAUGGAUGCUUUGCCUCAAUUGUACCAUUGGGAUUCCAAAGACAAGAGCGUGUAUCCGGACGAAGCUGCGUCCAUCACGCAAUCCGUGGCUCUGGCCAUAGCUGGAGGUGUGUCGGCAGAGACGGCAGGAACUCAGUGCAGAGUUUCUUUGAGUUCAGAGGCCACGCGACAUCUCUUGAUGUGCGUGUUGUGGGUACUUAAAGGAUUGGAACAGUCGGCGCUGGUGCAAUGGUGCUCGGAGCUGAGUUCCAGGCGUAUAUUGUGCCUUCUUCAGGUUCUGAAUAUCGCCACGGCAGCUUUCGAAUACAAGGGCAAGAAAGCGCUGAAGAGACUACCGCCACAAGCUGCUGCUACCAGCGAUAUUAGAUCUAGGUUGGAAGAUGUUAUUCUCGGUCAAGGGAGCGCCAGAAGCGAAAUGAUGCUACGCAGGAAGGAGAGAAUGACCGGUGACAAAUUAAGGUGGCGUAAAGACCAAAUGCCUUACAGGUCUUGCGAACAAUCCGAAGGGAGAGCUGUGGAGCAAGAUGCCCACAUAGAAGGUGCUUUAGCAGCUGAAGCUUCCCUUGUUGUUUUGGAUGCUUUAGAAAUAGUUGUACAGGCUGAUGGCGGAGGAGGCGCAGUUGUAGGAGCAGUAUUAAAAGUUCUUUUAAGAGCAUUAGCCAGAAAUCAAAGUACAUCCGUAUUGCAACACAUGUUCAAUACACAACGAGCAUUAGUGUUUAAAUAUCACAGUGCUCUAUUUGACGAAGAGAGUGAAAGAUGUGGCGAUCUGUGUUUAACAUUACUCACUAGAUGUAGCUCUCCUUUAAGUGCUGUUCGCAGCCAUGCUGCAGCCAGUCUUUAUUUACUGAUGCGUCAAAAUUUUGAAAUUGGUAACAAUUUUGCGCGAGUUAAAAUGCAAGUUACAACGUCUUUAUCGGCUCUUGUUGGAAGAGGAAGAGCACCUAGCGAAGGAGCACUUAGAAGAGCAUUGAAAACUGUACUAGUGUAUGCUGAGAGAGAUACAGAAUUGGCUGAUACGAGUUUUCCAGAACAAGUAAAGGAUCUUUUGUUCAAUCUACACAUGAUACUGUCUGACACUGUUAAAAUGAAGGAAUUCCAAGAGGAUCCUGAAAUGCUCUUGGACCUCAUGUACAGAAUUGCAAAGGGCUAUCAAGGAUCGCCAGAUCUUAGACUCACAUGGUUGGCAAAUAUGGCUCAACAACAUAUGGAAAGAAAAAAUCAUACGGAGGCUGCUAUGUGCCUUGUACAUAGUGCUGCGUUGGUAGCAGAAUAUUUACAUCUGUUAGAACCAGGGGGUGGAGGUCGACCAGUGGGAGCUGUUGCUCUAUGUCCUGUCACGCCAAAUGCUCUAGAGGAAAGUGCUGUUGGAGACGACGUAUUGGCUAGAAGAGAGGAAGGUUUAUGUUUAGGACCAGACUUUUCAGAAAGUGGGUUAGCUGGCUUACUCGAGCAUGCAGCCAGUUCUUUCCAUGCAGCUGGAAUGUACGAGGCUAUCCCUGACGUGUAUAGAGUGUUACUUCCAAUAGCAGAGGCUGCCCACGAUUACAAAAAACUAGCCAACAUUCAUGGGAAGCUUCACGAAGCGUAUACACGCGUAGAACAAUUAGCAGGGAAGCGAGUAUUCGGCACAUACUUUAGAGUGGGAUUUUAUGGAGGACGAUUCGGAGAUCUGGCUGGUGACGAAUUUGUUUAUAAAGAACCAACCUUAACAAAAUUACCAGAAAUAUUUUCGAGACUCGAGAAUUUUUAUGCUGAAAGAUUUGGCGCAGAGAAUAUCGUGAUAAUAAAAGACUCGAAUCCUGUAGACCCUAAUAAAUUAGAACCAGAUAAGGCCUAUGUUCAAAUUACUUACGUAGAACCAUACUUUGAACCACACGAACUUAGGCACAGACCAACUAUUUUUCAUCGAAAUUUUAAUAUCAAACGAUUUGUGUAUGCAACACCUUUUACACCUGGUGGUAAGGCUCAUGGAGAAUUGAGGGAACAGUGUAAGCGUAAAACAAUUCUAACAGUGGCUACACACUUCCCGUACUUGAAAACAAGGAUUCGCGUGGUUGCUAGAAAGCAAAUAGUCUUAAGUCCAAUUGAGGUUGCUAUUGAAGACAUACAAAAGAAAACUGCAGAGGUUGCUGCAGCUACGGCUCAAGAACCACCUGAUGCAAAGAUGUUACAAAUGGUGUUACAAGGUUGUAUCGGAACCACAGUUAAUCAAGGACCCGCAGAAGUUGCAGUUGUAUUUCUUUCUGGAUUGCGUGAACAAAAUGCACAGCCCACGAAAUUGCAGCAUAAACUACGUUUAUGUUUUAAAGAUUUUUCAAAGAAGUGUCUCGAUGCCUUGAGAAGGAACAAAAAUCUAAUUGGUCCAGAUCAGCGUGAUUAUCAACGAGAAUUAGAAAGGAAUUACCAAAGACUAACAGAAAGGCUCACUCCUCUUAUUGCAUGGAGUGGACCGUCAUUACUAAUUCCACAAAAUUUACCACAAGCAUCACCACGCUGGUAAAAUGACUGUAAAAGCUGCUAACUAAAAGUUACCAAAGAUCAAUGAUGCAUAAAUGGAAUAUUUAAAAAUUAUUAGCAGCAUACGCUAUAAUAUUAAAAUAUAGGCGUAUAUAUUAUAUUUAUAUGCAUUCAUUUUUUAUACUAAUGAAAUGUUUUGU